GAUCACAAAACAAACUCCGGACACUUUCCAAAGUCGUUUAAGAACGGAACGCAAGAAGGCUUAUGGUGGGCCAUUGUUACCAUGACAACCACAGGGUAGGAACAUAUUAUACUUUACAGUUAAUGUGCACACCUGCGAAUGGAGUUGACAGUAGCGUUUAGCGAAUACGCACGGCAUUAAUUUUGAAAAAAAAAAAAGAAACUUUCAAUUCUUUCUUUAUAAGAAAGUUUACUGAAGGCUAGUUGGCUUUCGCUCAAUUGCCAUUAUUUGAAAGUUUCCCAAACUAGAUUAUAUUAUCACAGAGCCUUCCUGGUGCCCUCCAAUUAGCUAUUAGGGAGUACAAGAUACGGUCACCGCGGACUACAUGGCUCUUGGGACUAUAGACUACGGUAAUACACGGCGGGGACCUGGUUCGAGAUUUACUGCGCAUGCUCUUUAGCACGUGUGUUUCGUGGUCCGUUCACCGGCGAAAAACGUCGGAUUGGUCGACGCGCGACCACGUGACAUUGCCAAAUUAAAAUGGCGGCAAUACCUCCAUCGUUUGUUUAUUCCAGUGGAAAGAAGAUUAAUUGCGGCUUAAUAUGAGUUGUAAAUGCAUAUACGGAUAUUUUUAGAAAAGCCUAGACUUUUUAUUAUCCUUUUUCACCUAUUCCUAUGGGAUUCGUUCCCUGCGAUGGUCGCGUUUUGGCAGGUUUACCGGAUUCAACUUUGAACUCUUCACGAUCGGGAAGGACAACAAUAUUUUCAGGAUGAAAGCCAGGUAACUAGAAAGAACGGCCUUUGUUCACAGCUCACUGCAGCGGAGGAAUAAGACACUAGGGUCCUUUGAAAUUGCUUAGACACCUGGAAGUUAUUUUAUUAUUUUUUUUUUUACCGAAAAGAUAAAGCAAAAUUAUGUUUACUCCAGCAAGACUUUCUAAUUUAUAGAAAAAAUCUUGAACAUGAGCUAAAUGAACUGUAGUGUCUGCAUUCAUGUUCUUUUCAUCGCAAUUUUAAUAUCAAAACUUUAAAGUCGUCUAUGACCGAGCAGGUUUUUCUUUCUUUUUUCUUUUCAAUGGUUACUGUGCUUGAUCCCAAUAAGGGGAAUACUACAUAUAAAAGAAGAGAACUUUGAUUACAAAUAUGUUAGUUGGAAAAAAUACUGAUUAUACUAUAUGAUCUUUUUACUAUAUAGGUUAGAAAAGUGAUGCGUAGUCAAAAGUGCUACAAAGGAGUAGAAACCCAGAUCUUUCCAUUAAUAAAUUUUAUUGACACUGUCAUGGACAUAUAAUUUGCUUGAGUACACAUUUGUUCGUCAAAAAUCUUGUUUUUGAAGCUGCACUUUGUUUGAUUCAGGAUCAAUCAAUCUUUUCUGAAGAGAAAUGAACAAUGAAGUAUGUUAACAUGUCAGAUACUUCAACACUGCCUUAGCCAACAACUAAGAAGAAACUCAACUUCAUAUCAAAAAAACAAAGUGAAAAAUACUUCACUGUGAAACAACAACCCCUUCAAAUAUAUAUCACAUUAAAUUGAUACAAAAUGUAGACCUGAUGAGAAGUUUAUAGGAAAAGAAACAAACGAUAAUUACAAUGAAACUAUAAUGUUUGAAUGAGAUCUGUAUUUGAGUGUUCUCUCAUAAUUCUGACAGAAGAUCAAAAUUGGAAACUGCAUAUCCUACACAACUGCAUUCAUCAACAUGAUCCAACUAAAAUUUCAUUAUGAAUCAAAGUUUAAUCCAAACUUUAAACUCCUGUAAGUUUAAUUUGUGAGGAUUAUUUUUUUUCUUGGAAAGACUUUUUGAAUACUUAAUAGCAUGUUAACUCUAUAAUUCAUUCAUAACUUUGCGCCAAAAAAAAUUAAGCCGAAAAGGAUGGACAGAAAAACAAAAGAAUUCACAGGAAUAUUACCCUGUUCAUCUCCUUCCAGGAUCCAAUUUUCAAGCAAAGAAGCAGCCCCGACAGAAAGCCUUGUGUGCAAAAAUUUAGUACUAAAAAAUUGUACACGGAGGAAAUCAUGUACGUAAGUGCGGUUCCUAACGAAGUAACUCGUUGUGUGGAUAAUCCAAAGCCAAAUUUAUGAGCAAAAUAUUCUAAACUUCGAUCCUUCAAGUAUAAAAUUGCAAGCCUAAAUGUACAGCAGCUGUGCACAUUGUAAACAGAAUUUUUUUCACCAAUCAGAAUGUUGCUGGACCUAUCGAACUUUACCUCCAAGACGGUCUAAGUGUUUUAAUGAAAACACUCUCACAUUUUCUCAUUCGACAGUUCGCAUCAAACUCAAAUUUCUAUACGGUAACAUACAAAGCUGUAAUAACGUGCAACAACAAUGAAAUUUGCAUCGAUCGACAAAAUCACCUUUCGAGCUACGCACCUAGAAAACUGUCGCAACCCGGCCGCUUUCGAUCCACUAGCCACAAGACAAUUUACACAGCAAGACAAUCGCUAAGAUUUCUUUAACUUCUUUAUAAUUUCCCUUUGUACGGAGUGACAAGAGAUUAAGUUGAACCAAGCGUAAGCGUAUUUUUCUGCCAUAAACAGUGUAGACAUGCGCAGAUUAAGCAUCUAAAUAUAGAUUUUCCAGCAACAAAGUACACGCUAAGUCAUAUUAACAAAACAAAGCCCAAAAUGUCUGUCCCUCCACUUUUUUUUGUUGAAUCCCUGAUAAGAAACUUGAUCUAAACAACAAAAACAUUUUGGAUAGCAUUGUAAUACGCUCUUCGAUCAACAGUCGAAUGUUAUCGAAUGUUAGAUUCACAAUCAAAGUCGAAUUUUGACACAAAAAACAGGAUACACAUUUAACAAAACUGUCCCUUCCGUUCAACUCGGUACAAGCUAAUUUAUAUACCAAAACAAAGCCCAAUAAUUUUUCUUCCACUACUUUAUAAUUUCUCUUUGUACCGAGUUGCAAGGAACAUGCAGUAAACAAAAAGAGCAAAAAUUACCCACCUUUUCGGCAUGUCUUCCAAAUGCAAACCAGCGAUCUCAACGCCAAUAACACUGAAUCAGACCAUGCCAAUGCGAUUUUUCGCCAGUUUCAGGACGCUAUAUUCUCUAGAGAACACACUUACGUCAAAACUUUGACCAAAAUAAUUUUUGAUCUCUUACAGUGGCAAGAAAUUGCAAUGCUGUCAUUGCCAAACAAAGCUGCCAUCUCUUCUUUCAUCUCAACAACAUUUCGCGGGCAUUUUAGCCUCGGAGUCAAUGACAAUACCCAAAAUCGAUCACGUGUCAUUUUUUCCAGAGCAUGCGUAGACAUUUUUAGCCGCGGUGAAUCGUGGUCCGUCGUCUGGUCGCUCGCUACAGGGAGUAGUCGAGGAGAUUCGCGUAGUGAGGAUUACGUAAGUAUUUUUUUUUUUACCGAUUUUUAACCUGUUAAACGUUGCUUUUAUGUUGAACAGUCUUUAGGCAAUUAAACUUGAGGGGAAAAGAGGUAAAAAUUGCAGUUUUUUGCCUGUUUCUGUUUCUGAUUACUGACGCCUUUCGAAUUCUGUUUUAUUACAACAGUGUGUUUACAGCAGAUUAGGAUGUCAACAGGAGAUAAAAGUAGGUAAUUCACUAUUCGUUUUUCAGCCACCGAGUGAAAUUCUUGUCAAACAGUGUAAAGCAAACAACAGCAACACGCGGGAACCUGGAAAGUGAUUUUGCAAUUGUGCCUAAAUUAAAAUGAGUGUUUCAAACGGACAGAGAGACCGAACACUGAAGUUUUUUCCAUCCAGCGAGUCUAACAGUACGUCCAAAGCAAGUAAAACCUCAAUUCUGAGAAAGAAACCUCAAGCAGCAAAACUCGCCCUUGAGUUAAAAAUAGCCGAGCAAAAGUGUGACGAAGAAAUCGGUCAGACCACUGCGUGCCCAGGCGGAGCGAUGUGCCGAGCUGCUAGACCUUAAGGGACCGAUCGUUUAUUACGUCCCAGAGGGGGGCGAGGGUUUUGAGAAAAGUGUUGUGUUUCAAAACUUUACCUCCCCCCCCCGCCCAAAAAAAAUUAUUACAUAUAAAAAUUGUACCCCCUUGGCAAUAAAAAUUUUUCAAAUGCAUCCCCUCCCCCAUUCAACCCCUUCUAGCCAAAGUCUCUUCUUCCAUCCUUGGGCAUUGAUUUCAUAAGAUGCAAGAUACCGGUAGUCAGCAGCGUAGCGUGAGAUUUUGAAGGUGCACGCAGGGGAAGAAAAGUUAGCGCACCGAAGGCGCCCCAAACCUGAGCGAGUCUGGGGGCGUGCUACCCCCGCAAAUAUUUUUAAAUUUAGGGUCUCCCAGGAGAUGCCAUCUCCUGCGUUUUCUGCAGGACAUUCUCAGUAAAUAAAGACGAAGGAAAAUGCAGUAAUAAGUUGUUUAUUUUACUCAUCUAUAGUGUUAUCAGUAAGGUACAGUGUUUACGGCAAAAAGGGUAAAACAGUGACGCCAUAAAGGAGGUUACAAGCAAAGGGCGAGAUGUGUACCCUUCAGACAGGCAAACUCUGUUAUAAUGCCAUCAAUAUAAAUUACGUCCUUGUGCUCAUAUGCAGAAUUGCAAGAGAGCUCAAUUAUGCAAUCUCUCGUCUGUCUUGGUCCUCGUAAUGGAGUUUGCAGUCUCUUCAAACCGCUGAAGGCUACGCUCAGCUGUGUAUAUUGACACAGGAUAAGUCAACAAAGUUAUGAGAGCCCAUGACAUAUACUCAGGGAUUGAAUCGGAGUUGGCUUCGUCAAAAGUCUUAACCAAGGUUUGUGGCCUCACAUUCGGAUCCAUUUCACUCCACUUAGUCAGAAAAAGGAUAAAGGGAAUCCUAACACAAAAACACCAAUAUAAUGCAAAAUAUUUAUCCCGAAAUUAAUGAUAAAAACGUUUUCAGGAAAUAAAAAAAUCUUUAUAAUCUAUAUUUUUUCCAGAUUUCGGCUGUAUGCAUAGGCGUAUGUGCGUACAUGCAUGCUACAUUCCUGGUAGGAGAAAUAGCUGAUAGGUUCCUUGGCCGAGCUUUAUACGGGUAACAUUUUGUUGCCGACAAAGCCACCAAAGUGUAUUUUUUUGUCUUCUUUCCAAGGAAACCUCGAUUUGCUUCAAUCAUAAUAUAGUUUGACACAUUUUACAUAGAAGGCCAGUCCCGUGUCUUUGUGUCUUAAUAUUUCGACCCCCCUCACAUUCUGUGCAUUUUCAAAAUUGACCCUCCAAAAUCAAGCCUCUUAUAAAAUUGUACCCCCCCCUCCGAAACCCCGUCCCUCCCGGGACGUAAACGAUCGAGAGCUGAAUAAACAACAUUAGAAGUGGCUCACGAAGAUGCUCUUGCUAUUGAGGAUUCUAAUCAUGGAGAUAUUGACGAUAAAGUUUUGUCUGGACUACCUAGUGACGAUGUAGAGGAUCGUCUUUCACGUUUACUUCUGAAGUCAGCUUCCAACACUCAGACUGUUGCUGAUGAUAAACGUCCCGUUGGUAUAGAAUCUUUAACCGUUCAAGGCGUUGAAGAAGGCAAUGACAAUGGAGAAAUUACGCCAAAUGUAAAACCGGAGACAAGAAAACCUCGAGGCGAAAAUACAAUUUGAAAUCCGCCUGCCACAGUGAGCCCAGGUGAGCAACAAGUCAAGCUAGAUCAAUUUUUUUGAGAAAAUGCUUUCAGCGUUCACUAAAAUUGUCAAACCAAGUGUGCCAAAAUUUAGCGGAAAUCCACUCGAAAUCCACUCAGCAUUUAAAGUGGAAGUUGACAAAAAGCAGGUUUAUGAUGCUACAGACAAGCUUAAAUCUCUGUUAGAUGCAGAGAAAGAAAGCAAAGUCCUGGUUGGUAAAAUUCAUGCCAAGUUCUGAUAAAUAUAAGAAGACAUGGCAUUGGUCGCGUGGACACUGUUGUGUCCGCCGCUAAAAGGCGUGUAGAUCAAUUCCCAAUCAUAGUGAAAGAAAAUAGUUAGCAGAUGAGGCAGUAUCAAGAAAUGGUGUCGGAGUUAAUGGGGGUGUAUAGGGAACACAACUUUGUUCAUGAGAUAAACUCGCAGAUACCUGAAGCCAACGUUGCUAAGCUUCCUGUUCGUCUUUGCGGUAGAUGGGCUGAGUCUGUGGAAGGAAAAUCGAAACGGUCUACCUGGUAGUCGUUUGCGAAUUGGCUAGAAAAGGAAGCGAAAAUAUGCGAGUCAUAGCAGAGGUGGAUGCUGGAGAAGCCAGAAUGGAGAAGGUUUGAUUCGACUAGGAGUGAUUUAACUAAAAGUGGGUCACGUAGGUCUGCUGGCAAUCCCGCGGUGCCAGGACUGUUGGUGGGAGCAACACAAGAGGCUCCCUCAGGUGAUGAAAUUAAAAGUUAACAAAAAAACUGUCCAGUUCAUAACUCGGCAUAUCAUGAGGUAGAGGAGGGUAAGAAGUUUAAGGAACUGCCCACUCUUGAGAAAGAGAAACUCGUUGAGGAACAUAAACUUUGCCUGUCUUGUCUGUUACCGGGCCAUCGGCUGAACAAAUGCAAUGCUAAGAAUGGAUGCAAAGUUGAGGGAUGUGCAUGCGUCACCAUACUCUAGUUCAUGAGGUUGACUUGAACAUUAUUGAACGAUCAAGAGCGAGAAAAGCAGAAAAACUGGCAGUCGGUGAAGGAGCCCAGAAACCUUUUGCUCCGGAGGGUGAUAACAAACCUCUAAAUCCGUCAGAGAAAUCGUGGGAGCAGUGUCAUCACUCGGUGAGUUUAGGCUGCGAGGUUGGCAGUCGUGCGUUGGUUGAGGUGCUGCUUGUAGUUCUGUUCUCAUAGAAAGGGGAAGCAACAAGUUAUGGCGUUGCGUGACUCAGGAUGUAACACAACACUUAUGGAAUGAAGAAUUGGCUAAGUCACUUGGUCUUAAGGUGUUAAUGGAGAGAAGGCGUUGACCUUGCGGCACGUAAAGAACUGCCGUAUUGCUAGAGUUGGAAGAGAAGGGGUGAAGUACGUAUUGAGAGAUGUAAAAACGUUUCCUAACCUGGUCCGGAUCAGAAGAUAAAGUGGUCGGCAAUUAAACAGAACUUUAGCCACCUGAAAGAUUGGACUUGAAGGACACGGACACGGAUCCAGUGCGAUUGAUAAUAGGAGCAACAACUCAGAUUUGAUUCUACCAAUGCAGAUUGUGAAACCUUCAGGACAGUCACAUGCUAACAGAGUACCAUACGCAGUGGAGACACCUCUCGGUUGGGCAGUCACUAACUGGUUACCCGGUGAACAAAGAGUGGCAUCACCGUACAAUGCGUUUAAAGUGUAUGAAACAAGUGCAGGAGAAGAAGAGGAGUUGCAGCGGUUGUUACUGCUCAGUCGGAGGUAGUAGGGUCAUCGGGUGUGGUGAGGCUAGCAGAACCCGUGCGUUCAGUUGAACACAGACGCGCGUUGGCAGUACAGAGCAGACGACUAAGAAAUUGGAGGGUGAAGACGCUUAUGUGUCAGGGCUGCUUUGGCGCGAAGAAGACCCAUCGCUUCCUUAUAACUAUGAUAUUGGCUGUCCGGAGACUUGAGUCGUUAGAGAAGAAGUUUAAAAAUAAUCCAGGAUGACAUUGAGAAGGGUUACGUGCGGAAAACUAAAUAAAGAGAAAGUACACGUAUCGCUGACAGCAAAGUAUCCUGAGAUCAGGAGUUAUUAUUAUUUUUUUUGCUUCUUUGCUUAUUUGGCCCGAGAGGGAAAAAAAAUAACGCCUGAUACAUUUAUUUAACAAGCCGUCAACCGCCCCCUAAUUUACAUAAUCUAACGUCUCCCUUGACUUGUCAUGUUAUUAGCCAAUCAGCGUUUACCAGACGGGAAUCAAAUUUUGGCGGGAAUGUUCAGAUGGCGCUUCCCAAAAAUAUUUUUAAAUGUUUUUUUUUUGUGAUGACGUGGAGCUGCCGUACCUUUAUUUAGCAGCUACAAAUAAUAAAGAAUCUACUGGUAAAAGCUCGUUGAUUUCACGAAAUGAAAAGUGUUGUGAAAGCGACGAUCGCUCAGAAUAAUUCGCAGGGUUCUGAAGGAGGAAUUAACGCCAAACCAGGUCAAGAUUCCAAUCAUGAAUUGAUUAUUUGAAAAGUGAAACCGUUUGUCGCCUCUGUAACUUGUAGCCGGUAUCAAACUGCAUUCAAAUGAUCGGUGAAUUUUUGACUUCAACUUUUAAGUAUACGAUGAGAUGGAAAAUAUUUCAAUGGAUGAAAUUUCUAUUUAGACAUUCUUCAAAUUCAAAAAAACUGAGCCGGCAGAAAUUUGAUAACGAACUCGCGUGUCUACAUACGCAAGCAAAAAUGCAGACUGAAAAUCAACAACAACUAACGGAUGGCGGCAUUUUGGCCAAUCGGAACAGCGCAAAUCAUCCGUAUUGUUUCCUAUCCAAUCAGAAAAAAGUCCAGAUUCUGGCUUUUUUGCAUGUGAUCUGUAAAAGAAAUGUAUCAUGCCCUCCUCCCGAAGGCAGUUUACAGAGACAAAGGGAGAGGGCAUGAUCGCAGGCUAACAGCAAAGUGACUUGGUACUUACAGCUCCGUUUCGUUAUCACUCCCAAGACACCUGAUCGUCUCAGGAGAGUAUAUGAUGCAUCAGCGAAGUUCAGGUGUCAAAGGCUAAAUGAUAAAAUGUACACAGAACCAGACUACUUGUCGUAGUUGUUUGGUGUUUUGCUUAGAUUUUGCGAACUGAAAGAAGGAUAACGUUAGCAGCAGAUGUGAGAGAAAUGUACCACAUGUUGCGUUUACCUGAGAUUGAUCAGCCAGCCAUGAGGUUCCUUUGGAGGGAAUCGCCGAACGAAGAACCAAGUGGUUAUCAGUUUGAGAGAACAGUUUAGGAGAAGUGUCGGCGCCAUCUCGGGCUAACUACACGAUGAGGCGUAAUGCAGAUGAGAACAGGGUAGAUCUGCCCCUCGGCGUCAAGGCUGUUUAUCUACUGACUUGCGAGAAGCUAUUGAAAUGCGGAAGCAGAUGACAGAGUUAUUGCGCCGUGGAGGAUUCAAAUUACACAAGUGGCUAACAAAUGACCCUAAUGUAUUGGACUAGAACCCGGUAGAGGAUAGAUCUCCGCGUUUCCUUGAGUUGUGUGAAAAUAAAUUACCUGUCAAUCAAAAUCUUUCAUCAGUAUAUUUUUCACUUGCCAAGUUUCAGCUUGUUAACCGCAACCUUUCUCUUGCCAUGAUUUGGCAAAUGAUAUAUACUCGUUAACUGACAAAACGGUGUUCAGCCACCUUACCUUACAGCCGAAUUCGUUGUAACGCCCUGCCCGUUUGCAAACUUCAAAUCGGUUGUCUGUUCCGUCAAUCAUUUGAGCGUGGGUGGGGUUAAUGCAAAUCACAAUGCAACGCGCUCGCCCAGCUUGGCCCGUAAAAGCAAAAUUGAGAAUGACUGAAGACUGCUCAAGAAUAGCGAAGGAAUUCGCGAUAAUGAGUGGAAUUUUUUGUCGAGGGCAAGAGGUAGACUUUGCCUUUUUCUUGCAAAAGACAAGAAUAAGAAAGAUCUGAAAAAUCUUCCAAGAAAACAGAUCGAUUAUUGUCCGAAACAGGGUGAUCCAAAGCAACGAACCUUGAAACACAGAAAUAAACAAAUUGGAUGAAAAUGCACAAAUCACGAGUAAACAUGUGUUUCCUAAGAGGUCCGCCAAGAUUAUUAAAGUUUUUUUUUUCACACCCCGGAAAGCUUCAUUGUACUUUUUAUUAUUAGAAAGGAUAGCACUGUUAUCUAUACUGUUGAAAGAUGGAGGUUAAGCCCUCUCUCGAUCUCAAAAUGAUCAAACUUCUAACAUUUGAUAACUCGUUUCUGCCAUUACGACAUUCUCGCUAAAACUCGUAGUAGAAUGAAGUCGGCUAUCACGUUUUCACGCCAAAAUGACGCUGGUUCACGCGUGCGCAAUACUGUAUUGAAGAAAUCUCGUCCUCGUAGUCGUACUCGUCUUAGAAUCUAAAGGUCUCUAAUUUUUAUUUUAUUGGUAGCUAUGGUGACAAGACUCCAAAAUCCACACUUGCUCGAGCAUAUGCUUCGCUGUGGAUGAUCGUCGGAUUGAUGUUAAUGUCAAUCAUUACUGCCCAGGUCUCCUCGACCAUCACCUCCGAAAACCUGCGCUCCUUGGAUGACGAGUUUGGCAAAAAGGUACAAUAG